UCGUUAGAAGGUCAUUUCCUUUUUUAGUGAAGAAAGGGUGACUUCUGGGACCUAAUUUAGAGGGAGGGGGCGGUAUAUAAGACUUCGCUAGUCCACCUCGGACCUUAGUGUACUUCAGGCUCAGGAUACAGUAAGCUUGUAUCUGACAUCACUCAAUCAUGUGUGACGAAGAAGUGAGUCCCCUCGUGGUCGACAAUGGCUCCGGGAUGGUCAAGGCCGGCUUCGCCGGCGAUGACGCUCCCCGAGCUGUCUUCCCCUCCAUCGUCGGCCGACCUCGUCACCAGGGUGUGAUGGUCGGCAUGGGUCAGAAGGACGCCUACGUCGGCGACGAGGCCCAGAGCAAGCGAGGUAUCCUGACUCUCAAGUACCCCAUCGAGCACGGCAUCAUUACCAACUGGGACGAUAUGGAGAAGAUCUGGCACCACUCUUUCUACAAUGAGCUCCGCGUUGCUCCUGAGGAGUCUCCAGUCCUCCUCACUGAGGCUCCCCUCAACCCCAAGGCCAACCGCGAGAAGAUGACCCAGAUCAUGUUUGAGGUGUUCAACACCCCCGCCAUGUACGUGGCCAUCCAGGCUGUGCUGUCCCUGUACGCCUCUGGCCGUACCACUGGUAUCGUGCUCGAUACUGGAGAUGGUGUUACCCACACCGUCCCCAUCUAUGAAGGUUACUGCCUUCCCCACGCCAUCCUGCGUCUCGAUCUGGCUGGCCGUGACCUGACCGCCUACCUCACCAAGAUCAUGACUGAGCGUGGCUACUCCUUCACCACCACAGCUGAGCGAGAAAUCGUUCGCGACAUCAAGGAGAAGCUUUGCUAUGUCGCUCUUGACUUCGAGAGUGAGAUGAACGUGGCUGCUGCCUCCUCCUCCCUCGAAAAGUCCUACGAGCUGCCCGACGGUCAGGUCAUCACCAUCGGCAACGAGCGCUUCCGCUGCCCCGAGUCCCUCUUCCAGCCUUCCUUCCUGGGUAUGGAAUCCGUUGGCAUCCACGAGACCGUCUACAACUCCAUCAUGAGGUGCGACAUUGAUAUCAGGAAGGACCUGUUCGCCAACAACGUUCUGUCUGGCGGCACCACCAUGUACCCUGGUAUUGCUGACCGCAUGCAGAAGGAAAUCACUGCUCUUGCUCCUCCCACCAUCAAGAUCAAGAUCAUUGCUCCUCCUGAGCGCAAGUACUCCGUAUGGAUCGGUGGCUCCAUCCUUGCCUCUCUGUCUACCUUCCAGACCAUGUGGAUCACCAAGGAGGAAUACGACGAGUCCGGCCCCGGCAUUGUCCACCGCAAGUGCUUCUAAAUGACAAGAACAUCUCCAUACACCAAUAAAAUAUUCAACACUUAUAUAUUAUUUAUGUUUAAUACACUCCCAGUCACAUGAGCCAUCAAAGCAUGCCACAUUAUUUUUUUGUGGUCAGUACACCAGAGGGGACUAAUAACAUCUAAACCAACCAAAAGAUACAAGAUAUAUUUUUAUUGUGUAAGAACCUAUGAAUAAAAUAUUAUAUGGUU